AUGGGCAAGCGCAAACUGGGCGCGCUGGAAAAGGUCGACGCAGACCUCGCCAACCUGCAGAACAAGAUCAAACGAGACCCGAAAUCCUACCACACCGACUUCCUCCACCAGCACAUCCAGUAUGAGAACCAGCGGCAGAUCUUCAUGCAGGCGCCGACGUCGGCCACUUCGAGCGGCAUCAUCUCAUUUCGCGACCUGAUCGAGUUCGUGGCGCACGUGGCGGACUGCUACAAGGACGAGACCAAGGACUUUCCGCGGCAGUUGAUUGAGAUUCUAUCUGCGCACCAUGCCACGUUGGAGCCGGAGUUGAGGGAGAAGAUCGUGGGCAGUCUGGUACUGCUCAGGAAGAAGGAGAUCAUUGACUCGCACAUCCUGCUACAAUGUUUCUUCCCCAUCCUCACCGCGACGCCCAGCAAGUCACUGCGAGCGCUGCUGUUCCAGAAAAUCCUGAGCGACCUGCGUUCCGCCAAUUCGAAGACCACAAAUCACAAACUCAACCGCAGCGUGCAGACGACCCUCCACAACCUGAUCACGGACGACCGAUCGUCCCCUAAGGGGCUGUGGGCGGUCAAGAUUACGAGAGAGAUGUGGAAGCGGCAGAUCUGGACGGACGCAAAGGCGGUUGAGAUCAUGAAAGAGGCCGCAUUGGCCGACAACGAAAAAUCUGUGGUCGGAGGUCUGCGCUUCUUCUUAGGCGGUGACAAAGAACGAGAAGAGUUGGAGGAUGAGAGCUCAGACGAAGAAACUGUCGAUAUAAGCAAGCUGCGGCAUCAGAUCGGGGUCAACAAGAAGAGUAAGAAGGCGGAGAGAAAACUCGAAAAAGCCGCCGCAACGGUCCGUCGGAAAGAGAAGAAAAAGGGCCAGCCUCAUCCGUUGAAUUUCUCUGCAUUACAUCUUUUGCAUGAUCCGCAAGGCUUUGCGGAGUCCAUGUUUUCCAAGCACCUACAGAAUACAAGGUCAAAGUUAAAUCUCGAGCAGAAGUUGCUGGCGUUGCAGCUUGUCUCGAGGCUGAUCGGGCUGCACAAGUUGACCGUCAUCAGCUUUUACUCUUACUUUUUGAAGUAUCUGACACCUCGACAACCAUCGGUCACAUCAUUUCUGGCGUCGUUGGCGCAGUCCACACACAACCUGGUGCCACCGGAUAUAUUGGAGCCUCUGGUACAGAAGAUUGCCAACGAGUUUGUAUCGGAGGCAGCUGCCGGGGAGGUAGCCGCAGCGGGAUUGAAUGCAAUUCGCGAGAUUUGUGUACGGCAGCCGUUGGCUAUGAAUGACACCUUGCUACAGGAUUUGGUCAUGUAUCGGAAAAGCAAAGAUAAAGGGGUGAUGAUGGCAGCAAAAGGCCUAUUGAGCCUGUAUAGACAAGUCGGCGCUGAAAUGCUCAGAAAGAAAGAUCGUGGGCGAGAUGCCACACUGGGCCUGAAGUCAGGUGAACAGAAGCCGCAGAGAUUUGGCGAAGAGGCAGUAGGCGAGAUUGAAGGCUUAGAGCUACUUGAAAAAUGGAAAGAGCAAGAAAGGCAGCGGAAGAGGCUGGAGAAGGGUCUUCCGGCAACUGGCUCUGGGGAUGAAGAGGACGAGAGUGAGGAAGAAGACUGGAAUGCAUGGAACGUCGAGGAAGAUGCAGACAGCGAUGAUUCGGGUGGAUGGAUCAACGUCGAAAGUGACGAAGAGAUCAACAUCAGUGACAGCGAGGAUGAGCAGCCGUCGGCAAAGAAAGUACGGUUCGAUCUGCAGAUAUCCACCACCGACGACAAAGAGAACGAAGGCGAAGAAAAGCCCGACCAAGGUGCAGAACUAAGCACGACCCAGCAGAAGUCGAAUCUGGCCACCACUCGCAUAUUGACACCAGCUGACUUGGCCAAGUUGCAAGAGCUUCGGACGACGGCCACAGUCUCUUCGCUCAUGAAGAAUCACAAGUCACAUCACGCCUCAAGCACAUCGCAGCAGACGAAUUCGCAACGACACAGGGAUGACCCAUUGACGGCAGCAGAAAUUGAAGGGCUGGCAUCCCUCUCACGCGGCAAGGCGACUCGAGCGCAGAAACUGGCCUUGCUGCAAGAACACAAGGACGACCGUGAGGCACACAAAUCCAAGGCAGCCCGGAAGAAGGAGCGAAAGGAGUCGGAAGGCAAAGGCACGACUAAUAAAGAGAAGGCGCGCAGGAAGAAUUUCCUGAUGACGCUGAGUAAGGCCAGGUCCAAGGGGAAGAGAAGCUUGGUUGAGCACCGGAAGAUCUUGAGAGCGCACGUUGAACGGGGGAAGAAGGGUGGGAGGAGAGGGAACCGAGGGUAG